AAUAAAAACAAUAAGCGAUCGGCCCUACACUCUCGCGCUCAAAUCGCCUCAUAUUUCUAAACUCUCUUUCUCCAUUCUCAAAAUUAUUUUGAUCAUCCUUCUUCAAUUCCCAGCAAAUCUCAACCAUUUCUCCAUCCAAUUCGCGAAGGUACUUUGAAUUGGAUUGCACGAGGGAUUAUUAUGGAUGAAACAGUAGGAACAUCUAGUACAGAAAAUGUUGAUAUUAGUGAACGUAGGUCGGGUCAGGUAGGUGAUAAUACAGAUCAAGAUGUUGGAACUGCAAAUAGAGCGGAUGAUAGCCUGUAUGAGCAGGCGUCUUUCAAAGACGAGGGAAAGGCUUCUGGAAGCUCUCAGGGAGGGUUUGAUGAUUUUGAUCAGCCUUGGGGCCCAGUGCCUGAUAUGGAGUCCAUGGACAGUGGACAGAUUGACGCUUUAGAUAAUUUGGACUCACUAAACCAGGAUGUUGGCAGUUCUCGUGUGGGUUCACCAAAUAAAAGCAAGCCUAAGCCCAAGCUUGAUAUGUCUAAUCUUACUCCGGAGAUCUUGCAUUUGGUGGAUUCUGCUAUUAUGGGUAAGCCUGAAAGCAUGGAUACAUUAAAGGAUAUUGUGAGUGGCGCUGAGGGUUUUGAAAAUGAAGAAGAGGCAAAGGCACAGGUAGAAAACAUUGCUGUACUGGUAGUUGAUUCUCUUCUUGCAACAAUGGGAGGUGUUGAAUCUUUUGAUGACGAAGACACGACUCCUCCUAGUGUGAUGCUAAACUCUAGGGCUGCUGUAGUGGCAGGUGAGCUUAUUCCUUGGCUUCCUUCCUCAGGGGAUUUUGAGGGUCUAAUGUCAGCAAGGACUCGGAUGGUUAAAGGACUGCUGGCCAUACUCCGUGCUUGUACAAGAAACAGAUCUAUGUGCUCCUCAGCUGGUCUUUUGAGAGUUCUUCUUCAGUCAGCGGAGAAGAUUUUCCUUCAUGAUGCAAGUGUCGCAAAAAAAUUGCAAUGGGAUGGAACUCCAUUAUGCCUCUGCAUCCAGUACUUAGCCGAGCAUUCACUCAAAGUAAGUGAUCUCCAUAUUUGGUUUGAAGUCAUCACAAGAACACUCAUCACCGAUUGGGCAGCUCGUUUAAUGUUAGCACUGGAGAAGGCCAUGAAUGGGAAAGAGUCAACUGGUCCAGCAUGUACAUUUGAGUUCGAUGGUGAAAGUUCUGCAUUGCUUGGCCCUGGGGAUAGCAAUUGGCCAUUUGUCAAUGGAUAUGCAUUUGCAACAUGGAUUUACAUUGAAUCAUUUGCAGACAAUCUAAACACAGCUGCUGCUGCUGCGGCAAUAUCUAGUGCUUCUGUAGCCAAAGCAGGAAAAUCAACUAUGUCAGCUGCCGCUGCCGCCACUGCACUAGUUGGUGAAGGCACUGCCAAUAUGCCACGACUGUUCAGUUUCAUAUCUGCUGACAAUCAAAUUAUCGAGGCUUACUUUCAUGCUCAAUUUUUGGUGGUUGAAAUCGGUAUGGGAAAGGGAAAGAAAACCUCUGUCCAUUUUAAACAUGCUUUUAAGCCACAAUGUUGGUAUUUCCUUGCUGUGGAGCAUACUUCCAGACAAGGUUUACUAGGUAAGGCAGAAAGUGUACUGCGGUUGUACAUUGAUGGGUCCUUGUAUGAAAGUAUUCCUUACGAAUAUCCAAAAAUCACUAAGCCACUUGCCUUUUGUUGUAUUGGGACUAAUCAACCACCAACGAUGGCUGAUCUGAAUCGCCGUAGUCAUCAGUGCCCGUUGUUUGCUGAGAUGGGACCUAUAUAUAUUUUUAAAGACUCAAUUGGUCCAGAGAAAAUGGCCCGCAUAGCUGCUAGAGGAGGAGAUUCUUUUCCUUCUUUUGGUAAUGGGUCAGGGCUACCAUGGAUAUCCCCAAACGAAUAUGUGCGAAGCAAGGCAGAAGAAAGUGCGCUGUUGGAUGCAGAAAUUGGAGGGUGCCUUCACUUACUCUAUCACCCAAGUCUACUUAGUGGGCGUUUCUGUUCAGAUGCUUCGCCUUCUGGUGCUGCAGGUAUGCUUAGAAGGCCUGCAGAAGUUCUUGGUCGAGUACAUGUUGCUACUAGAAUGAGACCUGCAGAGGCUUUGUGGUCUUUGGCUUAUGGAGGACCCAUGACUUUACUUCCUUUGGUAGUAAGCAACAUUGAUGAAAGUACUUCAGAACCUCAGCAGGGGACAGUUUCUUCAUCAGAGUCCACAACUGUUCUUUCUGCCACAAUAUUCAGAAUUAUUUCCAUGGCCAUUAAAUACCCCGGUAACGGUGAAGAAUUGUGUCGAAUAAGAGGGCCUGAGAUUCUGUCGAAAAUUUUGGACCAUCUUACACAGACUAUAUCUUCACCUGAUGUGAAAAAAAAAGGAACAGUUGAUGAGGAACUUGUUGAAGCAAUUGUUACCUUGUGCCAAUCUCAAAAUUAUAACCAUGCGCUGAAAGUUCAGUUUUUCAGUACGUUGUUACUAGAUCUGAAACUUUGGAGCCGAUGCAGCUACAUAAUACAAAAGAAGCUUUUGUCAUCUCUUGCGGAUAUAGUAUUCACCCAAGCAUCUGUGUUGCGAGAUGCCAAUGCUAUUCAGACGCUUCUUGAUGGCUGCAGAAAAUGUUAUUGGGCUAUUCCUGAAGAAGAUUCUGUCAACACAUUCUCUCGAAAAGCAGUACGUCCCAUUAGUAAAGUGAAUGAUUUAGUAGAUGAGCUUUUGGUUGUCAUCGAACUCUUAGUAGUGGAUGCUCCUCCUUCAUUCGCUGUUGAUGAUAUGCGUCGUUUACUUGGAUUCAUGGUCGACUGUCCACAACUUAAUCAGGUGAACAAUAUAUUAGUCUUCAAAAAUGAGUCAAAUGUUGUUAAUCUAGCGUAUGAUAUUAUUAGUUUUUGGCUGAAAAUUUUGACCUUUAUCAGUAUCCAGAAUGUUGUUUAUGAACUCAUUCUCUUAACUAUGUUCAACCAGGUUCAAAGGGUAUUGCAUCUCAUACAUAGAUUAGUAGUACAACCAAAUACCUCCAGGGCACAAACAUUUGCAAAGGCAUUUAUAUCAUCUGGCGGUAUAGAAACAGUUCUUGUCCUAUUACAGCGUGAGGCAUAUGCUGGAGAUUCCGCCAACUCUGAUUCAUUAGCUGAGAACAAAUUGAAUUCAUCAGAUUGUCGAAAUAGUCCGCAUGUUUUUGAAUUUAGUCCAGCCGACUAUUUAGCGACAGAUAAUCCAAAAAGAUCUUUUGAAGUCAGAAGUCAUAAUAGUGACAGUGGUUUGAUUCUUAGUCGAACAGCAUCUAGUGUUGGAAGAAGAAUGUCUACUUCUGAAAACUCUUUAUUAAGAAAUCUUGAAAGUGUACGCUCUUCAAUGACCGGUGAAAAUGUGAGGAAUAAUGUCUACAAUGUUGAUCAUAGUGAUGGUAUUCUUGUUGCCAUUAUUGGCCUUUUAGGUGCUUUAGUUAUAUUAGGACAACUGGAUUUUGGUCCACAAGCUGCCCCUAAUGUCACAGGUGACCUAAUGGAUAUUGUAGAGGGGAGUGGCACCAUGUUUGAUGAUAAAGUAUCUCUUCUUCAUUUUGCUUUACAGAAGGUCUUUCAAGCAGCACCAAACAGGCUCUUUACUAGCAACGUAUGUAUAGCGCUAUUGGGUGCAUCGAUAAAUGUAUCAUCAACCGAUGAUGGGAUGAACUUCUAUGAUUCUCGUCAUCGCUUCGAGCAUCUAGAGAUUUUGUUGGUCCUUUUGCGUUCACUUCCUUAUGCAUGUAAGGAAUUGCAAGAUCGAGCAUUACAGGAUCUUCUGUUUUUGGCAUGCAGUCAUCAUGAAAAUAGAAGAAGUCUAACCCAAAUGGAGGAGUGGCCUGAGUGGAUCUUGGAGGUCCUCAUAUCCAAUUAUGAGUUAGGGACCAGUAAAGGGGCAAACGCUCACAUCGUGAAAGAUGUAGAAGACCUUAUACACAAUUUUCUUAUAAUCAUGUUAGAGCAUUCUAUGCGCCAGAAGGAUGGAUGGAAGGAUAUUGAAGCUACAAUUCAUUGUGCAGAGUGGCUUUGCAUAGUUGGCGGAUCUAGUACAGGAGAACAACGAAUCAGGCGGGAAGAAUCAUUGCCAAUUUUCAAAAGAAGGCUGUUGGGGGAAUUGCUGGAAUUUUCUGCCAGAGAACUACAAGUCCAGACACAAAUUAUUGCUGCUGCUGCUGCUGGCAUUGCUGCCGAGGGAUUGUCCCCUUUGGAUUCUAAAGCAGAAGCGGAAAAUGCAGCUCAAGUUUCUGUGGCUCUGGUAGACAAUGCAAUUGUACUUUUAAUGCUUGUUGAAGAUCAUUUAAGACUGCAAACCAAGCCUUUGCGUCUUCCAGAUCCUUCUGCUUCUCCUCUAUCACGUAUACUUGCAGCAGCAAACACGUCAAGCAGGGGUUCAUUCAGCUCAGAAUAUUCAGAUACUCUGAUCGAGCGAAGAUCAUCAUCUAGCGAUUCUGGAGGACUUCCUCUUGAUGUACUUGCUUCAAUGGCUGAUUCCAAAGGACAAAUAUCUGCAGCAGCGAUGGAGCGGCUUACUGCUGCAGCUGCAGCUGAACCUUAUCAGUCAGUUUCCUGUGCUUUCGUCUCAUACGGGAGUUGUCCUCAGGAUUUAGCUGAAGGCUGGAAACUCCGAAGCUGGUUGUGGUAUGGAAUUGGCAUUCCUUCAACCCCCACCGCAUUUUGUGGGGGUGGAAGUGGUUGGGAAUCAUGGAGAUCUAUGUUGGAAAAAGAUGAAAACGGCAAUUGGAUUGAACUUCCAUUAAUUAGAAAGACAGUUUUGAUGCUACAAGCUUUGAUGUUGGAUGAGUCUGGACUUGGUGGUGGUCUUGGUAUAGGAGGGGGAUCUGGUACUGGGAUGGGAAGUAUGACAACUCUUUACCAGUUAUUGGACUGUGACCAGCCAUUCUUAUGCAUUCUCCGGAUGGUUCUUCUUUCUAUGAGGGAGGGAGAUGAUGGUGAAACUAGUAUGACUAAUGUAAAUAGUGAAGAUGAUUUGUCUGCAAAGCCAUUUCUACGGGUUGCCAGUAUUUCAUCUCUUGAUACUGCCUAUAAAAUGUCCCAAAAAACACCAGAAUCAGCAUUGUUGUGGAGUGUGCUUUCACCCAUACUAAACAUGACGAUCUCCGAGUCCAAGAGACAACGAGUGCUUGUUGCUUGUUCUGUCAUGUAUUCUGAGGUGUGGCAUGCUGUUGGCAGAGAUAGAACUCCUCUACGUAAGCAGUAUCUAGAGGCGAUUUUGCCCCCUUUUGUUGCAACGUUAAGGAAGUGGCGACCUCUAUUAGCAGGAAUUCCUGAUCUUGCUACUAAUGAUGAUUUAAAUCCUUUCGCUGCCGAUGAUCCUGCACUGGCUACAGAUGCUUCCCCAUUAGAGUCUGCACUUUCUAUGAUAUCUCCUGGAUGGGCUGCCGCUUUUGCAUCACCUCCUGCUGCAAUGUCAUUAGCAAUGAUUGCUGCUGGUGCUGGUGGAGGAGAAACCCCUGCACCAGCAACAUUCGCACAUCUCAAGCGUGACUCCUCGUUAUUAGAGAGAAAAGCAGGCACUAGAUUGCACACAUUUUCAAGUUUCCAGAAGCCUCUGGAAGAUCCGACCCAGUCACCUGCUACUCCAAAGGACAAAGCUGCUGCAAAAGCUGCUACCUUGGCUGCUGCACGUGAUCUUGAACGCAGUGCAAAAAUUGGCUCAGGACGAGGUCUUAGUGCUGUAGCAAUGGCUACAUCUGCACAGCGACGAAAUAAAACCGAUAUGGAACGAGUAAACAGAUGGAAUGUUUCUGAAGCCAUGGGAACCGCCUGGAUGGAAUGCUUGCAGUCAGUUGAUUCGAAGUCAGUCUAUGGGAAAGAUUUUAAUGCUUUAUCAUAUAAGUUUAUAGCUGUUCUUGUUGGAAGUUUAGCCUUUGCUAGAAACAUGCAAAGAUCUGAGGUUGACAGACGUGCACAAGUGGAUGUAAUAGUUCGACAUCGUAACUCUACUGGCAUACGUGCAUGGCGCAAACUCCUCCGUUAUCUGAUCGAGAUGAAAUGUCUUUUUGGGUCCUUUAGAGACAAUUUAUGCAGCCCCAAGCGUGUUUUCUGGAGGUUAGAUUGCAUGGAAAGUUCUUCAAGGAUGAGACGAUAUUUGAGGAGAAAUUACUGUGGAUCAGAGCACGGUGAUGCUACUUCAAUAAAUGACGACCGUUUAGAGUCUACUCGUGAUUAUAGUAAUGACAUUUGUGCAUCUAAAGCAUCUGUCAUGGCCGCAGAAGCUAUGGUGACGGAAGCAAGAGAUGAUGAUGAUGAUGACGAGGAAGAUGCUGUUAAUUUAGAAGGCAAGGGAGGUGUAGUACAUCAGCAGGAAACACAGGUAAGACAGUCAGAGACUGCUGAAGAGCCAUUUAUCACUGCUGAUCCUCAAAUUACUGGCGAAGAGGAGUGUGUGGAACCUCCUUCAGUAGUUCCUCCUGAUUAUGUUCCUAGUGAGCAUGAUGAAAGAAUUAUUUAUGAGCUUCCAGCUUCAAUGGUCAGGCCAUUAAAAGUUAUUAAGGGAAAUUUUCAAAUUACCACAAAACGAUUGAAUUUUGUUGUUGAUAAAACCGUGGACAGUGAAAUAGACUGCUCUAAUGAAAGUAGAAUUGAGGAAAAGGAUCAGAGCUGGUUGUUAUCUUCUCUUCGCCAGAUAUAUAGGAGAAGAUAUCUACUAAGAAGAAGUGCACUGGAGUUGUUCAUUGUUGACCGGUCAAACUUCUUUAUCGAUUUGGGGAGUGUCGAGGGAAGACGACAAGCAUACCGGGCUAUUGUCCAAGCACGCCCUCCUCACCUAAAUAAUAUUUUUCUGACAACUCAGAAGCCUGAUCAACUUCUAAAGAAAACUCAGCUCAUGGAACGUUGGGCUAGGUGGGAGAUCAGCAAUUUUGAAUAUCUAAUGCAGUUGAAUACAUUAGCUGGGCGCAGUUAUAAUGACGUCACUCAAUACCCUGUUUUCCCAUGGAUACUUUCAGACUAUAAUUCAAAGACAUUGGAUCUUUCUAGUCCCUCUUCUUAUCGAGAUCUAUCAAAGCCCGUUGGCGCGCUAAGGCCUGACAGGCUGAAAAAGUUCCAGGAGAGAUACUCCAGUUUCAAUGAUCCAGUCAUCCCAAAGUUCCACUAUGGCUCACACUACUUGAGUGCUGAGGCAGUUUUAUAUUACCUCGCAAGAGUGGAGCCGUUUACUACGCUCUCAAUUAAAUUAAAUGGUGGAAAAUUCCAUCAUGCAGACAGAAUGUUUUCUGAUAUUUCUGAAACUUGGAAUAGAGUUCUUGAGGAUAUGAAUGAUGUAAAGGAAUUGGUUCCUGAACUAUUUUACCUUCCGGAAAUACUAACCAAUCAAAACUCAGUUAACUUUGGAACAAAGCAGUCGGGAGAAAAGAUCGACUCUGUUAGACUUCCUGCUUGGGCUGAAAGUGCAGUUGAUUUCAUUCACAAGCAUCAAAAGGCUCUCGAGAGUGAGCAUGUGUCAGCACAUUUACACGAGUGGGUUGAUCUUAUUUUCGGCUACAAGCAACGAGGAAAAGAUGCAGUGUCUGCAUGUAAUGUAUUCUUCUACAUCAGCUACGAAGGAACUGUGGAUAUUGACAAAAUUUUAGAUCCUGUUCAACAGCGUGCAAUACAAAAUCAGAUUUCUUAUCUUGGACAAACGCCAUCACAACUUCUAAAUGUUCCUCACUUAAAGAAGAUGCCACUAGCAGAUGUUCUUCAUUUGCAGACAAUCUUUCGGAACCCCACUGAAGUUCAAGCAUACAUAAUUCCGUCCCCAGAGCGCUGCAAUCUACCAGCUUCUUGUAUAUAUGCAUCCACAGAUUCUAUCAUAAUUGUGGAUAUCAAUGCUCCUGCAGCUCAUAUAGCACAACAUAAAUGGCAGCCAAACACACCUGAUGACCAGGGGACACCAUUCCUCUUUCAACAUGGAAAAGCCACUUCCAACUCCUCUACCAAAACACUUAUGCGUAUGUUGACGAAAUCAACCACCUCCAGUUCAGAGAGGUGGGACUUUCCUCAAGCACUCACAUUUGCAGCUUCUGGGAUAAGAAGUUCUGCUGUUGUUGCUAUUACUUGUGACAUGGAAAUUAUCACUGGUGGGCAUGUGGAUAACAGUAUCAAACUUGUAUCAUCACAUGAUGCAAAGACAAUGGAAAUAGCCAGAGGGCAUUCUGCUCCUGUCACUUGUCUUUCUUUAUCACCUGAUGGCAAUUACCUUGUAACGGGAUCUCGUGAUGCUACAUUACUACUUUGGAGAGUACAUCGUGCAUCCACACUUCACUCCAGCAGUGUGCCAGAGCUUUCAACUGGCUCCGAGAUGCAUCGUUCUGCAAGCAGCAACUCUAUUGUGAGCUGCCUAGCAGAUAAAACCAGAAGAUGCUGUUUUGAAGGUCCGAUUCGCGUCCUUCGGGGUCAUCUUUGUGAAAUAAUUUGCUGUUCAGUUAGUUCUGAUCUUGGCAUUGUAGUCUCCUGCUCUUGCUCAUCUGAUGUUUUGGUGCAUUUGAUGAAAAGUGGCCGCCUGAUCAGACGGCUAGUUGGUGUCAGGGCUCAUCUGCUCUCCCUUUCCCCCAAUGGGAUCGUUGUUACUUGGAAUGAAUCACUCCAUACUCUCAGCACUUAUACUCUUAAUGGGAUUAUGAUUGCUAGUGUAGAUAUUACUUUAUCUUCUACCAUUACUUGCAUAGAGGUUUCUUUUGAUGGACAGUGCGCUCUAAUUGGUCUAAGCUCAUGUAUGGAUGAUGGAGGAUAUGAUGACAAAAAUAGAUUGGACAUCUUUACACCUUCAGUUUCCAUCUUUGAUCUCAAUACACUAAAGGUAGUAUUUACUAUGAAGCUUGAAGAAGGUCAAGACAUUACAGCCAUGGCUCUGAAUAAAGAUCAUACAAAUCUUGUGGUGUCAACUGCCAAUAGGCAACUGAUAGUCUUCACUGAUCCUAAGUUAAACAAGAAGGUUGAAGAUUGAAUGCACAAGCAUGGUGGAAAUGCGACUGGUAUGGCCCCCUCAUAGUAUGAUGGAUCCUGGGCAGCCAAAUAUUUCUUUCAUUGGAGGAAAGCCAAUUUGAUAUUGAAAUCAAAUACAAAGAAUAACUUGCCAGACUUGGCACCUCCUCAAAUCCAAAUUGACGUUGGACGUACCAUACGACAAUUGUACAAUGAGCUACUCACAGAGCGUAAAAUAUAUGAACUAAAACGGAACAGAAAGGGAACUAAGCUUUGUACAUAACAUAGGGUGGUCAUGUAUUAGAGAAUGUAACGCGAGGCUUUAGUAGAUAUUGAGUGGAUGGAGUUGUAACAUGUGCUUUGAGACUGUUUAGGGUUCGAGAUUGUACAUACUCAUCAACCAAAUUUUGGUAUCCAUAGUAUAAUGAUGAUAGUUCAUUAGUGUUCCUUUCUACCCUCAGGUCCCUUCUUAGCCUGGAAGAGCUGAACUUAAAUGUAUGUGGUUUCAUUUUUGAGUGCUGAAAUGCAUGUCAAUACAUAUUUCAUAUUUCAGUGCUUGCG